AAACAGCACAUACAGAAGAAGAGUAGUGGCCGAAUCCCAAACGCGUUCCUGUUCGGUCUGAAGUGCACUACACAACGUACCGUGUUUUAUAGGUAAUAUGUGGUGCGCGUGCAUAGUGACUAUUCUGUGAUUUGGGAUCGAGCCUCAGUAACGCACUUAAACUGUGCCCUACCUAGGGAGGGUUAGUGCACACUAUACACUCCGUCUAGUGCACUACUGCUUCAACACGGCGCCGUUUGGGAUGCAGCCGGUCGCAUGAGGGGAUCUGUGAGUCGCAGAGUGACAAAAAAUGGCUUUGCGGCGGAUUCUGUUUUUGCUCAGGCCGCUCAGGAGCCGAUUAUCACCAUCGGUUACCGUGUACAGAUUCUCCAGCGCCACAAAAGCAGAUGAUAAUGAAGUGAAAACAGACGUAAACGACGAUAAAACAGAACCAACAUCUUUUGCGUCUGGUUCUGAGAACAAGUCUUUGCUGGAGAACCUCAGCGUGCUUGGUGUGGAUGUGAAGAUGGCGCAGCGACGGCAACCUGGGGUUUUUCGCAAAAUCCAAACGAACGAGCAAGGAUUGAUCGAUUUCCUUGGACAGAAAGGCGCGAGCCGAGAUAUAAUCGCUAGCAUUAUUUCCCGCUUUCCACGUGCUAUAACGAGAUCCGAGGAACACCUGGAGGAACGCUGGCGUCUGUGGCGCAGCAUCUUCAGCAGCGAUGAUGAGGUUGUUAAGAUCCUAAACCGUUCUCCAGAGUCAUUCUUCCGCUCAAGUGAUAACGGCAAUCUGGAGAAGAAUAUAAAUUACCUAAGUUCAUUAGGGAUAAAGCCUAAAGAUCUGCACCGUCUCUUAACCAUGGCACCAAGGGUCUUCUCAAACACUUUGGCACUGAACCAGACAAUGGUGGAGCUCCUGGAGAAUGUAUGCCUGAGCCUUGGAGGUACUGAUAGUAAGAAGUUUGCUCGCACUGUCAUUUCUAGAAAUGUGUACAUCUUGAUCCGGAGCACAAAACGCGUCAGGUCUAACAUCGAGUUCCUCCUGAGUGCACUGGAGCUCAGUGAUGAGGAGGCUCUCAUUCUUCUGCAGGGCCACGGUGCCAAAAUCCUUGAUCUGUCACAUGAAAAUAUGAAGACAAACUUCAGAAACCUGCAGCUGAAGCUAGAUUCUCUGGGCUGCAGCCAGGAGCAAGUGAGGGAGAUCAUCCUGAACUAUGCUCCCAUACUUUUUGUCUCCUCAAACACGCUGAACCAGAAGCUGGACUGCCUGACUGAAGGUGGGAUCGACAUCAGAAGCAUCAUAGAGAAACCCAAAUUGCUGGAUUACAGCGUCACCACACUGAAACAACGGCUGAACGAUCUGCACCAACUCGGUUAUGACUUUAAGGUUAAUGGAAUCAGCGUCUUGGAUUUGAGCAGCAAGAGAUUCAAAUGUAAACUGGAGAAACUGCAAGAACUUAGAAUGUGGAAGCAGGUCAAAUAACCAGGGCUUUAAAACCCCUGCUCCUAAAGAGUGAAGUACAUCAUGUAAGUGUGUGCUUAAUGUACGUAAUGAGCCCUUGCCAUUUAUGGUACACUUUAUAGACCAAUGGUAUGUAGAUAACUGAACAUCAAAACCAUGUGUGUUUCUUCCUUAAACUGUUGCUACAAAGCUGUCUGAAAUGUCAUUGUAUUCUGUAGCAUAAUAUUUUCCUACCAAACGCUUCUCCAUCAUAACAAUGUCCCUGUGUACGAAGCAGCUCCAUGAAGACAUGGUGUGGAGGUGAAGGUUGUAGUGAAGAUCUCCAGGGUCCUGCACUGAUCCCUGAAUCUGACUCAACACCACUGAACACCUUUGGGAUGAACUGAAACUGGAGUCGCCUCAACAUCCCAAAAUCAGAGUCUGAUCUCACUGACGCUUUUAUAGAUAAAUGAACACAAAUCCUCAAAGCUACAAUCACUAUCUAGUGAAAAACCUUCCAGAAGAGAGGAGCAGAUUAUGAGAGUAAAUACAGGGGGAAAUAAUCUGGAAUGGGAUGUUCAGUAAGCACGUGUGGGUGAGAUGCUCAGGGGUGAACACGCAGUGGUGGAGUGAACCAGCACAGUUUAUUCAGCACUGAUGUGUAGAUGAAGUAUCAGAGGAACAAACCCCAAUCAGAACACUUAUAUACUCAACACAAACAUUGUUUAAAUUGCUUUUGUUUACAAACAGCUUCAUUCAUCAUUUGUAUCCAAAUGCAGUGAUGCGUAGGCUGGUCUUCUGGUCUCCUGGUCUCCUGGUCUUCUGGUCUUCUGGUCUCCUGGUCUCCUGGUCUCCUGGUCUCCUGGUCUUCUGGUCUCCUGGUCUUCUGGUCUCCUGGUCUUCUGGUCUCCUGGUCUUCUGGUCUCCUGGUCUCCUGGUCUCCUGGUCUUCUGGUCUCCUGGUCUUCUGGUCUCCUGGUCUACAGCGAGGUCCUCAUCCAGCAAUCAGAGACACAAUAGGAAGUGGACUCGAGACGGUGGACGAGGGAAAGCUUAGAAUACACACGAUCUCACCAUAUAUGUAUCUCAUACAGCAUUAACCUUCAUCUCCUAUUCUACAGUGCUGACUGAAGUAACAACAAGAUGUAUUUAUUUUGUCUUAUCAACUUUGACAGAGAAUAAAAAGAAUCUGUUGAGGAA